UGCACGUUCAGGUUCUAAGGCCAGAGACCAGUCAGCGACUGACUCAUUCAGUAGGAUUUUCAACUGUCAGUGACUCCCUGACGACUCCAGCUAAAUAUGUCAAAGUUGGAGCAGGUCCUUGUUCUCGACCCCCCCUCUGACCUCAGAUUUAAAGGUCCCUUUACAGAUGUAGUCACCACCAGCCUGACGCUGAAGAACCCAUCUGAUAAAAGAGUAUGUUUCAAAGUGAAGACCACAGCUCCCAGGAGAUACUGCGUACGGCCAAACAGCGGCAUCAUCGAUGCAGGCGUCAUCGUCACCAUCUCUGUAAUGCUCCAGCCCUUUGACUACGACCCCAAUGAGAAAAGUAAACACAAAUUCAUGGUCCAGAGCAUCUUUGCUCCCCCUAAUGAGUCUGAGCUGGAUGCUAUGUGGAAAGAUGUGAAACCAGAUGACCUCAUGGAUUCCAAGCUGAGAUGUGUAUUCGACCUGCCUUCUGAAAACAAUAAAGUGAAGGACGUGGAAGGGAGCAGCGACGUGGCCGUGCAGAACUUCUCCAAGGCAGCGGACGGACCCGUGGUAGCAGCGGCGUCGUCAAAGACGGUCAGCGCCUCCGUGGACGACUCUGAGAUGAAGAAACUGUCAGAGGAGUGCAAGAGACUGCAGGCUGAGAUGGGCAAACUGACUGACGAGAACAGACAACUCAAGGACGACGGUGUUAGAAUGAGAAGGGCUGCCCAGCAUUCCGAUCACAUGACAUCAAACCAGACAGGCUCCUCCUCCUCCAUGAUGCAACACACCACCGCAGCGUCCCUGCCCUCCCUCCUCGUCGUCAUAGCAGCCAUCUUCAUCGGCUUCUUCAUCGGGAAGUUCGUCUUGUAGGCUGGGGCUGGCUCUGAAAUGGCACCCUAUUCCCUAUGUAGUGCACUACUUUUGACCAGGGCCCUCACGCGGGUGAGUCCCAUGGAACUCUGGUCAAAAGUAGUGCACUACAUAGGGAAUAGGGUGCCAUUUCGGAUGUUGCGCCCUCUGAGACACACAACGCCUGCCGUAUCCCACGACAACCCCUUAGCUCCGGGAAUCAAAAUGCCCGGAUGGAACUGACUAACGAAGAAGAAGAGUAUUGCUGUUGACUUAGCCAUAUCAGAAGUAGUGCUGUGAACCUACAUCUGUCUGCAGUGACCACGUUGUCUGUCUGUACAGCAUCAGAUGUACCAGAGGCCCACUGCCUUUUUACAAGGUCUUAUACACGGUUAGUACACACAAGGAAGGAAGGAAGGAAGGAAGGAAGGAAGGAAGGAAGGAAGGAAGGUUGCUCCUUGUUUGUGUGUGUCUGUUCUUUGAUGGAGGGACAGACAAGUUUGUGGAGGGAUGUGAUAUGUGAGUCCCAAAUGGCACCCUAUUCCCUAUGUAGUGCACUACUUUAGACCAGAGAAUGGCACCCUAUUCCCUAUA